UAUCUCUGCUUGUGUGACGCCUGACCUUUAACCUUUAAAGUCAAGCCUUGAGAGGACCUUGCUGUUACAAACUUUUAACAGACAGACCAACACGUCCACCUAAGAAGCAGGAUGUCUGAUCUCCCUGCUUUCCCCCGUAUGUCUUUCCUGUUGCUUUGCAUUCUGGGUAUGACCUCGGUGACAUCUGGCUUUCCUCAGCCUCGACUACCUCUCAGAAGUCCUGAUGAUUCAGAAGAACAUAAACGAGAUGAUUGGGAUGUCCUCUUCCCCUCCAUCUCUCUCCGUGAUUGGAGCAUUCAAAUGAUGUCAGCGCUCAGCCUCCAAGCAGCAGCCGACAGUGAGACAGGACAGAUAAGAGAGUAUUUGUUUGCCCCUGAGAGGGCAGAGGCAAGCAUGGAGAGGGCGUGGCCUGCUAAAUGGUCGUCUCAGGGUGCCAGCACGGUGAAGAGGAACAUGGUGGUGGCUGAUGAUGCUGCCUUCAGAGAGAAAAGUAAACUCCUCACCUCCAUGGAGAGACAGAAGUGGCUCAACUCCUACAUGCAGAAACUACUGGUGGUUAACUCUUCAUGAUCACUUAGUAUUUACAACCUUUAUUCAGAAAAUCAAACCACUUCUGUACCCUGUACGGGCACAAAGCUUUUC